ACCGGUUGAAAAGCGCACCGGUCCAAAAGGGCACCGGUCGAAAAGGGCACCGGUCGAAAAGCGCACCAGGGGAAAAGCGCACCGGUCGAAAAGCGCACCGGUCCAAAAGGGCACCGGUCCAAAAGGGCACCGGUCGAAAAGUGCACCGGUCGAAAAGCGCACCGGUCGAAAAGGGCACCGGUCCAAAAGGGCACCGGUCGAAAAGCGCACCGGUCGAAAAGGGCACCGGUCGAAAAGGGCACCGGUCGAAAAGGGCACCGGUCGAAAAGCGCACCGGUCGAAAAGGGCACGGGUCCAAUAGGGCACAGGUCGAAAAGGGCACCUGUUGGAAAGGGCACCGGUCGAAAUGGGCACCGGUCGAAAAGCGCACCGGUCGAAAAGCGCACCGGUCGAAAAGCGCACGGGUCGAAAAGCGCACCGGUCGAAAAGCGCACCGGUCGAAAAGGGCACCUGUUGGAAAGGGCACCGGUCGAAAUGGGCACCGGUCGAAAAGCGCACCGGUCGAAAAGCGCACCGGUCGAAAAGCGCACGGGUCGAAAAGCGCACCGGUCGAAAAAGCGCACGGGUCGAAAAGCGCACCGGUCGAAAAGCGCACGGGUCGAAAAGCGCACCGCUCGAAAAGCGCACCGGUCGAAAAGGGCACCGGUAGAAAAGGGCACCGGUCGAAAAGGGCACCGGUCGAAAAGGGCACCGUCG